UUGGUCGUGCUAUAAGUAAAAAGUUGAACCAGCAAAUAAAUUCAAAAAUAGUGAAAAAAAAGUGUUGCGCUGAACGCUAACGAAAAUAACAUCAAAACAAUAAAUAACUCAAAAUACAUACAUAUAUAUAUAGUUAAAUUAUUCAAAUGGCCGCCAAUCCGAACGAAGCGCUUUUCAAUCGCCCAGGCCCCAAUCGCCUGAGGUCCUCGGAGGUCUAUCGCACCACCAAUCCCGAGGAGGCCGUUAAGAUACGCAUGCAAAAGGAGGGACUCGGCGCCGAGGAGCCCAUCUCCAUACCCGGCCUGCUCAAGCGUACCGUCAACAAUUAUUCCGACUAUCCGGCGCUGCGGACCAAGAACGGCAAAAAUGGCUACACCACAGUUACCUAUAAGCAAUACGAGCAGAAGGUGCACCAGACGGCGAAGGCUUUCAUUAAACUGGGCCUGCAGGAGCAUCAUUCGGUGGGCGUGUUGGCUUUCAAUUGCGCCGAAUGGUUCUACUCGGCCAUGGGCGCAAUACAUGCACGUGGCAUUAUAGCCGGCAUUUAUACUACCAACUCGGCGGAGGCAGUGCAGCAUGUGCUAGAGGAUUCCCGUGCCCAGAUUGUCGUUGUGGAUGAUGCCAAGCAAAUGGAGAAAAUACAUUCCAUACGCGACAAGCUGCCAAAUCUGAAGGCUGCCAUACAAAUACAGGAGCCCUAUGCGCCAAAUCUCAAGAAGGAGGAUGGCUACUAUAGGUGGUCAGAGAUUGAGUCCAUGAACGUGGCUGACGUCGAGGAUGAGUUCAAGCGCCGACUGGAGAGAAUUGCCAUCAAUGAGUGCUGCUGCCUGGUCUACACAUCCGGCACAGUGGGCAUGCCCAAGGGCGUGAUGCUAUCCCAUGAUAAUAUUGCGUUCGAUACGCGCGGCAUCGCCAAGGGCCUGGAGAAGGUGGUGAUGGGCUCCGAGGCAAUGGUCUCCUAUUUGCCGCUCUCCCACGUGGCUGCACAGACCGUGGACAUCUAUACGGUUGCCUCCAUGGCGGGCUGUAUAUGGUUUGCCGAUAAGGAUGCACUAAAGGGCACGCUGGUUAAAUCGUUGCAGGAUGCACAGCCCACACGGUUUAUGGGCGUGCCGCGUGUCUUUGAGAAGUUCCAGGAGCGUAUGGUCGCUGUGGCCAGCUCCAGUGGCAGCUUUAAGAAAAUGCUCGCCGGCUGGGCCAAGGGCAUCACGCUCAAGCAUUACAUGGAGAGUCAGGGCAAGAGCAACGGAGGUUUUCGCUACAAGAUUGCCAAAUCCCUCAUUCUGUCCAAGGUGAAGGCUGCUUUGGGCUUUGAUCGUGUGAUCAGUUUGGUGAGCGCCGCGGCGCCUAUGUCGCCGGAGACAAAGAAAUAUUUCCUCAGUCUGGAUAUGAAAAUAUUGGAUGCCUUUGGCAUGUCCGAGACGGCCGGCUGUCACACACUAUGUAUGCCCGACUCGAUACACUUGAAUUCCAUUGGCAAAUCGCUGCCCGGCUGCGAAUCAAAGAUCAUCAAUCAGGAUGAGAAUGGACAUGGUGAACUGUGCAUACGUGGACGUCAUGUGUUCAUGGGCUACAUAUACAAUAAGGAGAAGACCGAGGAGUCGCUGGACGACGACUGUUGGUUGCAUUCCGGCGACUUGGGCUACAUCGAUGACAAGGGAUAUGUGUGCCUCACGGGUCGCUCCAAGGAGCUGAUCAUAACUGCGGGCGGCGAGAAUAUUCCUCCCGUGCAUAUUGAGAAUAUUAUCAAAAAGGAAUUGGAUGGCAUUUCCAAUGCUUUCCUCGUGGGUGAACAGCGCAAAUAUCUAACCGUCUUGGUUUCGAUUAAGACCGAAGUGGAUCGAGAGACGGGCGCACCGCUGGAUGAGCUGUCGCACGAAUCGUCCGUCUGGAUGAAAUCUCUGGGCGUAGAGCACAAGACACUCAGCGACAUAUUAAAUGCCGGACCCUGUCCAAAGGUCUGGAAGUCCAUCGAGGAUGGCAUCAAACGCGCCAACAAACAGUCCAUCUCGAAUGCCCAGAAGGUGCAGAAAUUUGCAAUUUUGCCGCAUGACUUCUCGAUUGCCACCGGCGAACUGGGACCCACACUGAAGGUCAAGCGCAAUGUGGUUAACAAAAUGUAUGCGGAUCUCAUUGAGACCCUUUACGCCUAGAACAAACACAAAAACAAUCACUGUGAAACCAAAAAAAUUUAUUUUUCUACCAAUCGGCAGAGAGCUAUGCAACUUGAGCUUUAAACAUGAAAUGAAUUUAACGGACUUACAAGCCAUUGAGUGCCAGCUUUUAACUAAUAUAUACACAUGUAUAUAUAUAUAUAUAUAUAAACUACUUGUACGAUAUAUAGAGAAAUUUUAGAUAACAAAAAAAACCAUCCACUCAAUUAGUAUGAGUGCGAUAUGAUGAUGAGGUUGAUGUUGAUGUUGAGCUUGAUGUUAAUUAUGAUGAACGACUAUUUUUUCCAUCAAAACUAUAUAGAUCUUUAGCGCAUAAGUUUUAAAUUUUAUGUUAAUUUGUUUUACCUAUUGAAACGCAAAGAAAAUUAUACUCUCCUAUUGUUUGAA